AUGUUCAUGAAGGCCCUUCCAUCUGAACUUGUUCGCAUGGACAUCGUGCCGUCAUCCCCGUUCCUUGCAUUGGUUCAUGCUAAUCUCGACACCAAACGCUUCAACUGGAUUCCCUGGCGACUGAGAUCUUCUGCAUUUGCCGAGGAGAGGUUCCUGGAACAGCAUUGUCCGCGGACGGAUGCCAAACUUCUCACACGCCUUCUGCAAGAAGGUCAACCCGAGGAGGUGUGCACUGCAUCUGUGCCUCACUUCGGCCCUGCGGAGACCCUUGCACGUUGGUUCUGGGAUCUUGUGAUAUACGCCAUUGCUCCGCAUGAUGCUGCUCACCUUUUACAUCUCGGGAAAGCUGCCGCGAAGUUUCUCAGCAUUGCUUUGGCCACUCCCUCUGAUCGCGGUAUGCGACCUCCAUCACUGCAGGAGAUAGCUGAAGCUGACAGGGCACUAUGGGUCGGAGUCGCUUCCAUUCAGUCCGAACGAGGACAGUUGCUGACUGCUCUUCCUGGACUUGCUUCUGGGGCUCGCGUGCCUGUUACGUCUGCCUUGCUUGCAAUCAACUGCGACUGUUUCCCGCCUGUGGAUCUCAUCAUCGAUGCAUCUCGCAACAUCCUCGAUGAUGACUUCUUUGCAUUGCUCUGCCGCGUGGCAGAUGCUGGGCUCGUUGGGACGACUCUUGCGGCUCCUGUGUGCUCACUGCCCAGCAUUUUGAGUCUGUGUCCGGGGGGGGGGGGCCCUUUACCCCUCCAUGACUUUGUCUUUCCAUCCGGACGUUCUGACCUCAGCUGGGAGGAGUCCGAAAAGCUCCAGGUAAGUGCCAUGCUGCAUGACCGCAGUCACAUUCUUCUCUCUCGCGUUGGGGCCUCCGGUGGACUCAUCAUGCUUGCGGACCCCGCUUCGUCCCUCACAUUCCAUGAUCCACUCAUGAUGGACUGGAUCGCCUGUGAGGACGGAGGCGGCAUCCACAGCACCGCAAACUGGUUGCAGCCGGCAGCUCCCGAUAUUUUUUUUGAGGCCUUCCAGGCCAGCCCUGCCGAGCAAGCUGACCUACUCUUCAUUGCACCUGGCCAGCCCUUACGCUUACGACGGCUGAAGUUCUUGCUGCAAAAGAUCCUGGACUCUGAAGCUCCCCUUUGUGACCAAUGGGAGUCCGGCGGCGCUUGGCAACCGGCUGACAGUGCACCGGACAUCGUGCAUUCCUUGCUUGAAGAGGAACGUCGUGAGUCUUGGAUCACGGUGUACGCUUCCCUUGACGUGAUACUGAAGGAGUUUCCUCAGGUUGCAUUAGGACGCCUCGGCUUGGUGCUCGCGGAAGGGCGCCCUCCCAGACUGGUUGCGGACUCCAGCAUCAGUGGUGUUACCUCCUCUUCUGUGAUUCCCAAUCACGUUUCCAAUCCUCGCCUUCAGGCUGUGUCUUCUUGUGCACCUUCCUUCGUGCCGUCAGAUCCCUGGAUAGAUGCUUCCGUCGAUGUGAAGAAGGCUCGCCGUCGCAUGAAGAUUGCGCAGCACGAUAGAGCUCUGCUUGCAUUCUCCUUCGGGGGGCGCCAGUUUGUCAGCAACUGCCUUCGCUUUGGUGUCCGUGCUUUGUCUUGGUACUGGGCUAGCCUGGCCGAUGCCAUACACCGGGUCACACACUACAUCAUCUUUCUGAGGCACUUUCUUUGGGUCUAUGCUGACGACCUGAGCCACUGA